AUGGCCCGCGUGGCCGCGCUGCUCGUCCGGCUGUUGCGCCGGACUCGCCGCGGGUCACAUCUGCUUUCCCCUCCUGAAUUCCCCAGAGCGCCGUCGGCAGGCGAGAUCGGGGGGCGAAAUAGCGCCCCCGAAGCCGCCGCCCAGGCGCCCCAAGAGGAGGCCCGACCGGGAGAGCCCACCCCUCGGCGCACACGGGGUGUUCCCUUGCGCCUUCGGAGUCUUCCCAGGCGCCGCGCCGCACCGCGCCUCGCUCGGUUGAGCCUGGCGCGGCUGGCCGCGGCGCUGGGGAGGUGCUCGCCCGCAUUCGUCGGCCCCCCCGGCAUACCGUAG